CGUUGCAUUGAUUUGAAUCGUGACGCUGAUCGACCAGAGUCAUGACUGCUUUAUGAAAGUGCACUCGCAGACACACCCAUUCGCGGUACCGUUUUCCGUUUAGGAACCUCACAAUCCGAUGUCUCACCAUCGGCUUCCGACGACGACACAUCUUCAUCCAUUAUCAACGAUGAGCGUUGGCUAUCAUCAUCUCGAUUGCCCUUUUGCGGACGAAUUCCCGUCGUCCUGUUCCUACUUGUUAGCCUAACUUUAACGUCAUCUCCAAAGGUCAUUCCAUCCGAAAUGGAAUCACAGGAAUCUUCCAUGUUCACCAUACGUGGCAAAUGACGUCGUGAAGAACCAUCGUAA